AGAGUAACAUGACCCCUCGCGCAAUUUAAACUUAAACUGUGCAACCUCACGUGGACUUAACGUUUUGGAUUACGAUGGUUGUAUAAUUUUCUGUAAAAAUCAUGGCCACUCCGUUGUAUGAUCCUAAACUAUCAGGAGCCAAAUUCAAGAAUUGGAUUAAGGCUGGAUUAGGUGUGUUAUUAACUAAAGAAGGUAUUGAGCCUUUUGUUUAUGAUGAAAUAGAACAGUUCCAGCAGAAAUGUUUGAGUGACAUUUGCAACAACAAUGGACUACCUGCUGGUACCACCUGUUCUAGUUGUUGCACAGAAAAUGUUGUUGUUUGCCCCACGAAUAGGAUUUGUAAUGCAAGACGUGGGAAAUGUAACUUCCAUAGAAAUUCUGCCACGCAAUAUCUUCCGUCUGGCUGCCCUAACAAGAUAUGUCAUAAUUUUAAAAACGCGAUACAGCGGGCCCAUCGAUACUACGGUCCAUCCUAUAAAAACACUGAUGCUGCCCAGUGGUGCAGCAAUCCGUGGGAAGUUGCUAAAUGUUUCAUGCCAUCUGACGGAUACACAGAUGCGAUGAAUGCAGCAGACACUGAUUUCAAUGGAAUCACCAGUGUUGUCCUGAACUAUGAAGCAUUUCAAACGAAAAUUCACGACGACCUUUCCAAACCGUACAACAUCUUUGAACAGGGUAGGGAGGUAGGCAGAGCAGUUCGACAUUGCCCACAAUUAGAGAUGGAAGAUACAGAUCUACAACACUAUUUUAGUGUCUUACAGAAUCUGCUGUCAGAUCCUGCAUAUCUGUCUGCUAAUACUGCUGCGCAGAAUGCUAAAACGAAAUUAUUACAGCUUCAAAAUGAUACCUUGGUCAUUGGCAAAGACGAUCUUCGGAAAGUGCUGGAUGAUGGUUGUAAAGCAGUUCAAGAUGAAAUAAGGACAGCAAAAGAUGAUUACAAAAAGGAUGCUGAAAGGCAAAAGUUACAACUUAUCAAAAUCACAAAUGAAUAUGUCAGUGAUAUUGGCAGACAAGGAAAAGCGUCAAUGUCUCAGCUAGAUCAAGCAUGUAAAUCUGCGAUGGAUGAAAUAGAAAAACAAAGAAAGAAAUCGGUUAAAGAAGUACAAGCUGAAGGAGGAAAACAAAAGGAGAUUAUAGUGGCAGAAGGACGUACUAUUGCAAAAACGGUCAUCGAAGAAGUUCAGAUAGAAACAGUAAAUGCUAAGAGAAAGAUAGCAGAAGAGACUGAUCAAGAAGUUAAAAGGUUGAAAACAGAGGCUACUGCUGGAAUUAACACGUUGGAAGCGGAAGCCCAUACUCAGGUGAAAACGAUUUCAACAGAGGCUGGUGAAGCUGUAAAACAAAUAGUGGGAGCCAGAGCCGAAGGGGUGAAAGGAAUGAGAACAGAGGCACUUACUCGAAUGGAACACCUAAAAGAAUAUGCUGAGGAAGGGGUUAACAAGUUAGAAGUUGAAGCCAAAGCUGGAGUAACUAAGAUUAAUUUAGAAACUGAUGAAGCAUUAAAGCAGAUUGAGAAAUCAAAAGCAGAAAGCAAAGAAGAUACAUACAACAAAUUAAAAAAGGAGCUGAAAGACGAUUUGGCAACCUUCUACAAAACAAGAUACGGUACAAUACCACUGUCACCGCUAGUCGAGGGACACGACACUCCCCUUGUAGAUUUUUACAUUUUGCCUGAAAUGAAUUUCAUUGAAAAGCAGGACAAAAAGCCAGCUGGGAAAGAGACUAAAACGCCUGUCAAAUCGUUGUCGGACGUAUUCCAGUCUGAAAACAGUUGUGAAAUAUAUUUAACCGCUGAUGCUGGAUUUGGAAAAACUGCAUUUUCAAAAUAUCUGGCUGUCACAUGGUGCCAGACUCAUCGUCCCGAAAUGAAAUACAAAAAAGUACUUCUCAGAAGAUUCGAUAACUGCCAUGCGUGAUUUUGAGUUUUUGUUUCUUGUGUUAUUACGGAUUCUUCUGAUGAUUGCAGUAUUGAUGAUUUGAUAAUGAAUCAGAUUAUACAAAAUUUGUCACAGUCUUCAAAAAUGACAUUAGAUUCUAUACAGCGUAUUUUGCACCGGGAAAGAUCUUUAAUUAUUUUGGAUGCUUUAGAUGAAUGGGUCCAUCCUGAAAAGAAAUGUACAAAAGUGCCAAAAGUAAUCCCUCAUCGUAAUGCUCGUGAAAAGUGUGUAAUCCUUACAACAACAAGACCUUGGAAAUUAGGUGUGUUAAAUCUUAAAAAUAGUGAAAUAGAUAAGAAAGUAGAACUAGUAAAACUAACCUCCAAGUCAGCACAGACAUUAGAGGAAAGAGCGAUUUCAAAAAUAAAGAAUCUCGAUGUUGCUGAAGCUAAAAUCCUGGCCAAACAAUUAAAUAAAAAAUCAAAGAAAAUAAACUCGAGGAAAUGGAAUCCGUCCCCCUUCUUUCGAUGUAUCUCAUUAGUUUAUGGUGUGAAGACAUUCCACUAGGACAGUCAAAGUGUGGACUAUAUGCAAGCAUUAUUGAACUCCUGCUGUCAAGAACUUUAAGCAAACAUCCGGAAAUGAAACCAACGGGCGAACCCUCCCAGAGUGAUAUCCCACAAUGCUUCAGUGAACAUGAACAUUGUAAUCAAUACUGCACGUAUCUGAAAGCUUUAGGUAAAUUGGCAUAUGAAACUUUAUUCAGUGAAACAAAGGAGAACACUCUUGUUUUUUACAAGGCAGUGGCAGAGAAGUAUCUCACACCAAAUGAUUUGGAAUUAAGUCUAAACUCGGGAAUAUUAACACAAAGUACAGAAAAGACACUACUCAAACAAAUUACUAAAGUUUCGUUUUCGCACAAAACAAUACAAGAAUUUUUGUGUGCAUUGUACAUUAGCUGUCAAAAUGAAAAUGAUGUCAAAAACAUUGUUCUAAACAAAUGCAAAAGUUUGCAAAGUAUUCUUGACAUGUCGACAGUGCUUGUUUUCAUCAGCGGAAUGAAUACAGAAAUCAUUUCUUCAAUAUCACAGGAAUUUCUUUCUGUUAUCAGCGAAGAUAAGAUAACGAGCGAAUUCAGAUCCACGACUGAUUGGAACUGUAAGCCUCUGGAAGACAUACAAGACUUGUACAUUUCUUGUAUGAAAGAAAACACGAGCGAUAAGGAACUCAAACUUUUCUGCCAAUAUUUUUUCUUUAGUGAAGAUUGUAAAGAAGAAAAAUACUUUACAUAUUUAGCACGGCUCGCGGUACAAAAUAAAAAUAACAUGGCGUCAAUAAAUAUCGACACAGGCGACAGUGGUCGUAGUUUACGUGAAAUUAUUGAUUGUUGUGAAUUGCACGAACUGUUCCAGAUCAAUAAAAUAUUCUACUUGGGUACAGAAGAAAACGCACAGCUUCCUGUACUGUUGGACAAGUCGUCGAAAUGUGUCACUGUUAGAUCGCCUGGUCUAGGUCUACGUGAUUCUUGGAGCCGUGAAAUGUUGGAAACAUUACAGAAUAAUUCUCUGUUACAAGCAAUUCAGAUCACAGAUUUCUAUAUGAGCCACGAUGUACUGAAUGACUUUCUGAAUUAUAUUAUAAACAGAAAAACAAUGACGGAGAUUAGAUUGUGGUGGUUAUACUGUACCGAGCACGAGCGUUCGUGUACUUUCAGUUUAGAUUUUAGUCAGCAUUCAGAUCUAAGGAAGUUAGAAUUGUGCAAUAUAUCUGGAGUGUCACAAUUGAAAGUCAAUAGUCAAGUGAAACACGUGGAGUUGUGGAAUAUCAAUCUAGGUGAAAUGUCGCUGCCUCCUGAAAUGGCGAAUAUUGAAAGUGUUUAUUUGUGUGAAGUAAACAUAUCUGCUUCAACAUUUCGUGAUCUCGUUAAGGUAGUGGAGAAACUUUCACACAAAGUCACAGUAACAAUAUGGAGGUGUGAGAUAGAACCGGAAACAGAGUUUGUACACGUUAAACAAUAUAUACACUCAUCUCAGAAUUUCCGAGUUACGCAGGAUGAGUGGGGGAAGUUUGUGUUUGAAACAAAUGUUGAAAGUUAAAUUACUAUAUAAACUCAGACAUAUAGUGUCAAUGUAUAUAAACAUUAUUCAUAAAACACAUAUUACACCUUUACACACAGACAUAUAACAUUUUUGUGACAUACAUAUGUGUAGAUAAUUAAAAAUAGUGACAGUCGCGUGUGGAAAAUUAAUUGUUGGAGCCAAUUCGGAGGAAAGGAUGGACGUUCUUAUACAUGGAUUAAUAUACAAGUCAGUUUCCUUGAUACUUCAGAUAAAAGAUCGACGCCAACUGACAACACCUCAAAACUAUAGACGUAUUUCCGGCGGCCAUGCUACGUAUAUAUCGCAAUAAAAUACGUGGAUUUACAAUUGGCCGCAAAUACUUCUGGACCAAAGAUCUAUACUUCCGGCGGCUAGGCUACACACACCAUGAUAUACUUGGCAUCACCUCUUGUUUCCGGCCAUUGGACAAAAACAUUGCAGGACUUUAAUCGUAUUAUACCCAAGAGUCUGUGAGAAAAACUGCUUUCAGAUAUAAAUUUUCGUUUUUAGAGACAAAUCAUACUGAAUUUCUUAUUAGUUAGUAAUGAAAUGUCUGACUUUCACUUUUGUAAACACAUCGCUUUUGAACUUUUUUCUUAUAAGAAACGUUAAUAAGUAAAGUUUUGUAUGUACGUUAGUAUUAUGUGGAAGGCUUUCAAAAAGUCCCACGCGCUGUCAUACGUCUUUUUUUUUUUCAGAAAGGUUUGAUUUGGCUUCAUUCUGAUGCUAAUUGCUAACAAUGGUUAAUUGUUAUUUUAGGAUAAUAAAAUUAAAAUAUUUGGAAAUUGCCGUUUUAUGGCAAAUACAUGUACAACGAAAUUUGCUGUGUUUGACAUACCGCGGCAAAGAUGGAAUUGUUUAAAUAUUAAAUGCAUUUUGUUCUAAGAAACAAAUACUUUGUGAGGCAUAUUAUCAUGUCGUUUUCAAAAUCACUAUUUGUUUGCAUAGUCCGUAGCCAUAUACUACAACAUCUAUUAUUUUCAUGGGGAAGUCUUCUAAUUAAAGGACUAUUUCUCUAAUAUGACAUGUACUCUCUGUAGAAAAUUAUUUGUUUCAAGCAGACGACUAUUAUAUGACUUAGACUCUCUGUAGAACAUUAUUUGUUCCUAGCAGACGACAUUCAUAUUUACAUUAGGAAGAACAUAUUUUUACGAAAAUAUUGUAGAGUCCGUAGCGGACUUUUCAUAAUUUUGAUAAAAAAGUAAAGCUGGGAAUCAUUUUUAGCUCGAAUAGUCAUAGAAUAGUAGAGCUAUUGGACUCGUCCAUGCGUCGGCGUUCGUGUCCGCGUCCCGAUUUGGUUG